AUGGUCGCAGGCACUUCAACUUCCGCGGCUUCGAGCGCCGAGCAGAAUGCGGACAUGACGCUACAAGCAGCGAUUGGAGCCUCAAAAGACGGCGCGGACGAGGAGCUGGCGCUUCUUAGUGCUGACCACCCUCCGCGCGAACUCGUCGCGACCAAUAGCAGCCCUCAGAGUAACAGCUCCGCCACGCGAUCAGCCACCGCAGCAUGUGGCAAAGCCAAAGCUAGCGGCUCCAGCAACGUAUCAGCCGUGUAUCGUUGGUACGAGGUGGAGGAGGCUUUCAGCGCCAAGAAGCGCGAAGAAUCGUCCAUUGCCAAGUGCAAACUGUGUCGACAGCAGGGAAAGCCAGAACGCAAGACAUGCGUGAGGUUCAGCAAGAGCGUGACGUCCAAUCUAUGGCGCCAUUUGAAGGAGAACCACCCUGACAUGUACGAGAAACACAGAGGCGAGAAGAAGAGCGUGCAGAUGCAUCGAGUCAUGGGCGUCAAGAAGCGCGGAAGGAAGAAGAAGGUCGUAGCGCCCACUCCUCCUCCUACAGCUGAUAUCGCGCACGACGUAGGAGGUACAAACAAGUCACAGAGUCCUGGGGAUAACAACGUACAGUCGACUAUGCGUCCAUCAGCCAAGAAGCCGAGAAGAGGAGACUACGACACUCAAGCGUACCCGCAUUAUGCCUUGGGUGCCUUACAUCCAGUUCCAAGUCGACAGACUGUUCCAGCUGCUACUAAUGCAGCGUCGCCUGGGAAAUUUAACUCGGAGAAGGUGCGAGAGGCGAUGGGAUACUUGUGUCUGUAUGAAAUGCUGCCGUUCGAGUUGUGUUCGAGUCAUGCGUUCCGCAAUCUCAUGGUGGAGUGUUCAGGGGGACCGGGGGGCUACGUGGACGACUCCAACAGCUUUGAGUUAUUCGCCAAAGAGAUCUCGUUUGGGUAUGCCAAGAAAAUGGCUGCAGAGGUCAAAGUGCGAACAGCUAUGCAGAUGAAAAUGACCGACUUCUCGCACUUUAUGCUGUCGGAAUGGCGUUCUUCUGACUAUCUCGGUGGGAAUGAUACCGUGGCGACGUCAUCUAUGGGCUACGUCGCGCCCCGUAGAGACAACGACGUCACUUUUCUCGCGCUCUUUGCAGUUGGACUGGACCAGGAGUUUAACCCUUUUCGGAGAUGUUUGCACGUCUUGUCGAUUGGAAAUAAUCUCUCUGGACAGGGGAAUUCCAUCGUCGCUAAGCUCGCCGGUGAUAAAGAGCUGACCAAGGCUAUGGACCGCGUCGUUCCGUGUCGCUACAUGCCCGAAAUCCUCGCCGUGGAGGCGCCCUCCAACGAAUAUCAAUCUUUCUGCGAUGAUCACAAGUUGCGGUCUCUGGAAAGCGUCCCGACAGUGCUGCAGAACAUCAUGGUCGCUACUAUCAACGGCGUUCCCAUCUCUGGCAGCUAUUGUUUAGGCAGCGAAGUGUUGACGGACGUAGGAAGCGCAGGAUCUGCGGGAUUUCGUACCCGAAGAUUGGACAAGGGCGAGUACAUCGAGAGCUCCGCUGCUGUAUUAACCACAGACUCCUUUUAUGGCGUCUCGACUGAGAUCGCGUCCAGUAUUCUCGAAGAGCUGCCGACGAGUCUCACUGGACACACCUACCGUGAUCUCAUUAACAAGGUGAUGUAUCUACUCGCUCACUUCAAGCAGUCGCCGAGAUCACGAGCGGUGUUACGAAGACUAGCAUUACAGCAGUGCAGUAUGAGUGCAGACUCCUAUGAACGGCUGUUCAUUGACCGUCUUCGAGACACGGCGAUAUCACUGGGUGAAAUUCACUCCGUUCUAUCGCUUGUAGAAGUCAUGAUGCCGGCUUUGAAGCAGUACUUCUCGGUGCACAAGGACAGCGAUUCCGACUUCUCUAAGCUGAUCCAGCUAUCCUGUCUAUCUCGAUACGAGUGGUCCCGAGUGCGCUAUCUCACUGUGAUACUGAAGCCUUUCGCUGAAGCUACGACGAAGCUCGACAGUGAGCAGUACGUCGUUUCUUCGUUAAUCGUGCCGUCCAUUUUCACUCUGAUUGAGAAGCUACGCGGCUCGCACCCGCUGAGUAUUGGAUUUACUGGUGAGUCCUCUACCAAUAGUCUUGCCAAGAAAAACGACGGGGAAGUGAUGGGAGAACUGCCGGAAGAUAUCGAGGCGUUGAGAGACCUUGCAUUCGUGAAUUUGUCGACAUGUUUCGGUCAUCUGUUCUCGUUCCCGGAGGCUAGUUGGAGCUUGGAGAAGCGUCAAACCUUCAACUUAUUAUGGUCCGCAACGAUAUUGGAUCCUCGCACUCGAUCAUUCAUCAUCAAAGGGUCUUUACCACAACAGGAAUUCUGGGAUAUUGUCAAGACAGAGGCAGCAAACAUUGCAGGCACUAAGAUGAAGGGCAAGGAGAACACGAACGGUGCAAUCGCGCUGGACGAAGACAACGAUCACUUAGACGGGAAUGAUGUGGGCAAGAGCACAGACUUGUGGGACGAUCUCCAAGCCAACCUGGCGUCUUGUGCCCAAGAAGAGAUGCUGUUGAGCUCGGCAAAGUCUGCGUUGGAGAUCACCAAAUCCAGCAACUUGCUAGAAGUGGAGGUGUCGUUCUUCCAGGAAGAAGGACGGAUCGCACUGCGUGCCAAUCCGCUAGAAUGGUGGCAGAACAUGCGCAUGAAGUAUCCGUUUCUAGCGCGGUUGGCUCGCUACGUGUUGUCUAUUCCGUGCAACGUCAAGGUGCAGGACAACCCCGUGCUGUGCGACGGAGGUCUUGUCAAGCGAGGGCCGUCACAAAUGAGCAUGGCAGAUUUGUGUGAGCUGCUAACGGCGUCGAUGAAUCUCCGCACGGAGAAGAACGCGCAUUUUGAGGCUGCAAGCAAGCAAAUGUGGUCAACGGUAUGA